AUGGGGAGGGCUCCUUGCUGUGACAAGGAUAAUGUGAAGAGAGGUCCAUGGUCACCUGAAGAAGACGCAAAGCUUAAGGAGUUUAUAGAGAAAAAUGGGACUGGUGGGAAUUGGAUUGCCCUUCCUCAGAAAGCUGGUCUAAAAAGAUGUGGGAAGAGCUGCAGAUUGAGAUGGCUUAACUAUCUCAGGCCCAACAUUAGGCAUGGUGAAUUUUCUGAGGAAGAAGACAGGAUAAUCUGCAGCUUCUAUGCUAGCAUUGGCAGCAGGUGGUCAAUUAUAGCUGCUCAGUUACCUGGCAGGACUGACAACGAUAUCAAGAACUACUGGAACACCAAGCUCAAGAAGAAGCUUAUGGCCAUGGCGGCCCCAUCAAACCAGAGAAGACCACCACCACCAUUUCAAACACCUCUUCAAACAAUACCAUCACUAUCUUGCCCAGCACAGUUGUACAGAGAAUGCACUUCAUAUUACACUUACACCCCCACUAAGUCUGAUCUCACAGGCCUUGAACCUACCAGAUCAAUUCCUCCAAACCUUUGGAACAACAAUAACAACUCUUCUUUGGAAACAAAUUAUUCUUUUGUUCAAGCCCAAGAGAGCUUGGUGUAUGAUCCUAUGAACUAUUAUCCAGUGAAAGAGAGUCACAAUCUCCUCAUGUUUGGAGGUACUGAACCAAGUUGUUCCUCUUCUGAUGGAAGUUGCAGUCAGAUCAGCUAUGGCAAAGAGAUCAAACAAGAAGAAAUUGGUGGUCUGCAGAUAUAUCUAUCAAAUGGGUUUGAAGAAAACCAGAAGUUCAUGCUUGAUUGUGGCAGCAAUAAUGGAGUUGGUGAUCUUUCUUGGACUGAUCAGAAACCAAAUGAUCAGUAUUUUGGGAAUACACAAUCAGGGUAUGGUCUUGAGGAGGUUAAGCAACUGAUUAGCAGUAGUAAUGGGUGUAAUUACAGUAGCUUCUUCUUCAAUGGUGAAAACAAGACACAAGAGAGGGCCAUGUACUAUUACUGA